AUGAACAACCAUUCAAAUAAUUGAACCAAGAAGAUCUAUAUUUUCCCCCAAACAAAAGCAUAAAAGGUUGAAUCAUGGGAUGCACGAUUCUUCAUCAAACAAUCAAGAAGAGAACCUAUUCGUUUCACAUGACACUCAAAAAUCUAGCUCUGCUGGCAGGUAGAAGAUUUGACAUGCUUAAUGAAAUUCACAUGCAUGACCGCCCUACCUACAGAUGAUGAGAAAAAAGCAGAAAAGCAAAGCCAGCAACAUACAAAGUCCUCAGACACUCAAAAGACUUUAAAAAACACUGCUAUGUCCAUCCUGAAAAGGAGUUUGCUUAAGAUUAUCGUUAUCGGGGAUAGCGGGGUGGGAAAGACAUCUUUGAUGAAUCAAUAUGUACAUAAAAAGUUCACACAUCAAUACAAAGCAACAAUUGGUGCUGAUUUUUCCACCAAAGAGAUACAGAUUGAUGACAAACUAGUUACCUUGCAAAUAUGGGAUACAGCAGGACAAGAAAGAUUUCACAGCCUUGGUGCUGCAUUUUACAGGGGAGCAGAUUGUUGCGUACUCGUGUUUGAUGUCAAUCUACUCAGAUCUUUUGAAACCCUUCAAAAUUGGCAUGAAGAGUUUCUCAAGCAGGCAGAUCCUGUCAAUCCUGAGUCCUUUCCUUUUGUGUUGAUUGGAAACAAGGUCGAUGUGAAUUAUGGGAGGAGCCAAGCGGUACCUGAGAUGACUGUUAAGGACUGGUGUGCUUCCAGAGGAAAUAUACCUUAUUAUGAAACCUCAGCUAAAGAAGAUUACAAUGUUGAUCAUGCAUUCACUUCCAUUGCUAGAAUUGCUCUUGCAUAUGAACAUGACGAUGGGCAGGACAUUUGGCCAGAUCAAGAGAUACCAUCUUACUGUGACCUCCAAAGAAUACCAGAAUCCCUUUCAGGAGUUGAGCAGCAGAGGGGAGGAUGUGCAUGCUAACUUUGCUAGCCAACAUUGAUCAGUCCAGUUGAUGACAUUACAGUUUAUUACUUCAUUCUUUGGUGUUUCAUGAUCUCUGUACAACACUCUCUUGUUUUCUUUAUCAGUUCAACCUAGCCAGCCAAAUGCUGACUACAAAAAUGUUUUGUAGUAGCAAAGAAGUCCAAAGUUGUUGUACAAUUCUUAAAGAAUUCAGCCAAGUUUUGCCAUCUAGGUACUUGCAUACAAUUGCAGGGCGCAUGACUUCUUAGGAAAUGUCCAUUGUGAUAUCUCUACUUCAAAAUUCUGGGAGAUGAAUUCAACAACAAUUGUUGAACCAUGAAUAAGAUAUCUCAUUAUUCUUCAUCAUAAUCUGAUAACA